AUGCGACCUUCAAUGCGCCUUCCUCUGCGCGAGGCAAAAUUUGUCUGCUCCAGCUGCAGAAUUGGAGCUAGCCCCCGUGUCUCGCCGCUCGGUCAAGUCCGCCGCUAUGCCUCCGACGACCCCGGAGUCCUCGAACGCGCCCGCCGCAAGCUUUGGGGAACCGACAACCCUCCCGGUCCAGCAGACCCCUACUCUGGAAGUCAGAUCAUGCCUGGAUCUAACAUGAGCCCUGGAGAGCCCAGCGCCGGAGAGCCCAAGGCAGAUGAAGCAUUCAGUCUUCAAGAGGGUCAAGCACCAUCUGGAGAAAUUGACGAGAGCCUGACCUGGGAGGGAAUGCCCAAGAUUGGCUAUCUCAGAGAGGUAGAAUGGCGUGUUAAGGGACCCAACGGGGAAGCGGAUAAAGUCACACCAUGGUACCAAAACCCUGAACCUGUCCCGUAUACGAAGGCUGCGCAUCAAGCUGCCGUUGAGAUUGGUUUGAUGCAAUUGUUGGGGAGAAAAGUCAGCGUUGUUAGCCAACUCCACCCGCGAGAGAUCCAAGACCAGCUCGAGAUGGUUAAGAUCGAAGGUGAUUCUGGUAACUGGGGUGACCGUCUCCGGUUCCCAAGCAGCGAAGUGAUGGAAUCUCUCCUACAAAAUGCAGCAGGCGAAGAAAUGGCCGAGGCUGCUUUCCAGAAGCAAUUGCAGAAGAUAACUGGCACAAGUGAAAAUCGCUUGUAUAACCCAGAGACCAAGGAUCAGAAGAACAGCCUCGAUUCCUUGUCACUGGCUGAUGGAAGCGUCAAGUUUGCUUUCUUCGCUCGCCUCUCCAAAUUGACCUCUCAGCGCAUUUCCGACUCCAUCAUUUCUUCCACCACUACCGGAGAAGUCCUCACCGCACAGGAGGAACUUCGCAAAAAGACUCUCAGGUUGACACCUGUGAUUCUCCAUGAGCUUAUGGACAAGAACGGCAUCGCUAAAUUGCCUAAUGUAAAGAUUGCCGACGUCCGACAGACUCGCCAUGACAACGAUGAAGAUCUUGGCCGCAAGAAGGCCAUUGUUUCCGCGCUCUACAAGGGUGGCUUGAUCAGCAAGCCCCUCGGUCAAAAAAAGCUGCCGCCUUGGAAGCAGGCUAAGAAGACCGGGCUGAAUGCCUAG